UUAACCAGACGAAUUCUAUUUAUGUUAUUUUUCUACGAUAACAAUACUGAAACAAGUCUUGUCUCUUGUAUAGUCUUCAGUCGAAGUCAUAAUAACGUUUAACGUUUAACAGUGGUUAGUGUUAGUGUUUUGUUUUACAAAUACAACUUAUAACUUAUAUUAUUGAAAUUUGAAGUAAAAGUCGAAUAUGAGUGGCUGUAAAAAAUAUUUAAGCGGUGCUCAGAAGAGAAAAAAGAAGAAAGAAGAUCUUUUAAUGACAUCUGCUGUUAAGUGCAAUAAAAUAACUGGAUUUUUUUCUUUAACUAAUGAAAGUGACGAUAAACUAGUUUCAAAUGUUAUAGAAAUAGAUCAUAGUAUCUCAAAGGAAAAUAUAAACAAUGAAACUAAUAUCAAUUGUAUUGUGGAUGGUACUGUGGAUGGUAUUGUGGAUGGUAUACUUGAUGACACUAUUGAUAUAAAUAAUCAUUAUAAUAUACCAGAAGAAGUUAAUGCUAUUAGUAUUGCAUGUAUGUCAUAUGAUAAUGCCAAAAAUGUUUCCAGUAAUUUAAAAGAUAAAAUUAAUUUGCAUGUUGACUUAAAAGAAACUGUUCAGACUGAUCACUUAAACAAUACUCAUUGUUUAUCACCGGCCAAACAAAAUCAAAGUAAUAAUGGUCUUGAAAAUACUAAUUCUACUUCUGUUAAGGAUACUACGAAUAUUGGUACAAUACAUCAUGCAGAUAUUGAUGAUAACAGCUUUGAUGAAUUAACCGUUAAAGAUCCAUAUUUUUGGCCAAGUAAAAUAAAUGAUGAUUUUGUGGAUUAUUGUAUUAAAAAAGGGCCAUCAUUUUUUCAAAAUAAACAAAAAUCGUAUACUCAAUCUGCACGCAUUAGUGAUCAUAAAAGACAUUUAACGCCUGCAAUGUUUGAAAGAACUUUACCUAAUGGACAAAUAUGUGAUCGGCUGUGGCUUUUGUAUUCUCCAAGUCAGGGUUCAGUAUUUUGUUUUAUGUGUAAGCUUUUUUCAAAGAAUCGUGAAAACUCUUUUGUAAAAAAUGGGUUUGAUCAAUGGAAAAAAUUUGAAAAAAUAUCAUACCAUGAAAACAGCAUGUAUCACAGAGAAGCAAAUACUACAUGGCUACUUCGAGAAAACUCAUUAAAUUCCGUAAAUCAACAAAUCUGUAAGCAAAUAUCUACUGAAACUCAAUAUUGGAUUGAUGUUUUAAAACGCGUUGUAGCAGUUAUUAAAUAUUUAUCUUCACGUGGUUUACCAUUUAGAGGAGACAAUGAAGUAUUUGGAGUAAAAAAUAAUGGAAAUUACUUAGGACUUCUUGAACUAAUUUCUGAGUUUGAUCCAUUUUUGAAAACCCAUAUUGAAUUGCACGGUAAUAAAGGGAGAGGUCAUCCAUCAUACCUAUCUACAACAAUUUUGAACGAAUUAAUAACUCUGAUAAAGAGACGUGUUAUUAAUUAUAUUGAAAAUGAAAUCAGAGAAAGUAAAUAUUUUUCAUUAAUUUUGGACUCAACUCCGGAUUUAUCUAAGGUAGAUCAAAUGGCAAUAGUAUUAAGAUAUUGUACAUCACAUAAUGUACAAGAGAGAUUAUUAGAGCUUAAACCUAUUGAUAGUCACAAAGGUGAGUCAAUCUUUAAAUUGUUAGAAGAUUUUCUUAAAAAUUCUAAACUUGAUAUUUUAAAUUGUCGCGGUCAGUCAUAUGAUAAUGCUCCUAAUAUGAGUGGAACUUAUGAAGGACUACAAGCAUAUGUAAAAAAAAAGUGUGAUUUAGCUAUUUAUGUACCUUGCACUGCUCAUUCACUUAACCUAGUCGGAGUUCACAGUGUGAAUUGUUGCUUAGAAGCAGUAAAUUUUUUUGGGUUUCUUCAGUCACUGUAUAAUUUUUUCAGUAGUGCUACUCACAGAUGGAAUAUAUUAACUACAUCUAUAGAAAAAAGUGAUAGUAAUCGAUUACUAGUAUUAAAAUCUUUAAGUGAUACUAGAUGGUCAUGUCAUACAGAGUCUUGUAAAGCAUUAAUAAAUAAUUACACUAAAAUUAUUGAAGUAUUAGAAACUAUAAUAAGUCCUAAUAGUAAAGAAAAUGAAGAUACUAAAAGAAAUGCUAGACCAUUAUUAAAAAAAAUUUAA